AUGCUGGGCAGGCUGCGCCAGAUUGUGGGCAGCGGCAGCUCCAGCGGCAGCAGCGCCCCUGCCGCUGCCGAUGCUUCGCCGUUGCUCGGCAUGCUGGCUGGCGGCAGGGAGCCGGUGCUGCCUGUCACGCGGGCCAGGCCUGGCAGCAGUCAUCGCAGGACCGGCAGCGCCUCCAGCGUCGGCGGCCAGGGCGGCCGCAGGAGGAAGCGCCACCUCCUGCGGAUCGCGCUGUACCUUGCCAUGGCAGUGCUGCUGGCGGCAUCUAUUGCGGCCUGUACGGCGGUGGCAGCUGUGGCCUACUACACCCUCAGCAUUGUUUGGGAAUCGCCUGCAGCAGUGGCUGCGGCGGCGGCAGAGGCUCAGGCUGCAGCGGCAACAGCCCGGGCUGCAGCAACACGUGGCGGCCAGCUGGCCCAGCUGCCUGCCAACAACGAGAGUACCGCUGCCACCGGCAGCAGCCAGUACACGGUGGUUGUGAUGUCCUACAAGGCGCGCGUCUCCUUGCUGAUCCUCGUCAUCAAUCAGCUGGGCAACUGUCCUUCAGUGGCCGAGGUGUUGCUUGUGUGGAAUGGCGACGACCCGCCACUGCCGUACCUCUUCGACUGCCGGGCGCCGGUGCGCAUCCGCCAGGAGCCAAAGAACGACCUCAGCAACCGUAUGCGCCCCGACCCUGGCAUCAGCACGGAGGCGGUGCUGCUGGCUGAUGACGAUGUCCUGAUGCGGUGCGCCGACGUGGAGCGAGCUUUUGCCAGGUGGCAGGCAAACCAGCAAGCGCUCGUGGGCUUCUUCCCCCGCCUCAUCAGCACCGGCCCACCUCCGCAGUACCUACCUGAGCAUGUGGUGUUCAAGGAGCAGCGGUUCAAUGUCUUGCUGACCGCCGGCGAGUUUGCGUCCCGCGACUUGCUGGAGCAGUACUGGUCGGAGCAGUACGCCCAAGGCCGGGAGCUGGUGGGCAGGCUGAUCAACUGUGAGGACAUCCUGCUCAACUUUGUGGUGGCGGCAGCCAUCCGCAAGCGGCAGCGGCAGCCGAGGCAGCCGCUGGGGCUGGAGGCUGGGCUUUCGGCCGCAGAGGCAGCCGGCGAUGCACACGGCAACAACUCAGCGGCAGGACACGUGCAACAGAAGGAACACCACCAGCAACAAAAGGGGAAGCUGGGCAGGCAGCUGCCACAUGUGGUGUGGUCGCAGCCCAGCCGCCGCCUGGACCUGUCUGCCUUCUCUGGGGUGGGGAUCAGCAAGGCCCGGGCAAAGCACUUGGCCACGAGGCGCCAGUGUGUGGCCCAGUUUGGCGAGUGGUAUGGUCGGGACCUGCUGCAGACGGAGCGCGUGGAGUGGGAGCUGGGCGGCAGCGCCGGGGGCCGCCUGCUGUCCCGGCCGCUGUGCAGCCUGCCCUUCAUGGGCUGCGUGUACCUGUAG